CCAUCGAUAUCGACGAACGAUAGGGCCGAUAGGUUCGGACAAAUAACGCCUCCUGCUAUCGAAAGUCGGGUCGUGCGUCAACGUUAGCGAAAAAUGCAAAAUUAAAUAUGUUGUGAGUAGCGAGCGAUGCCAAAUCGAAUAUGUUUUCCACUGCAUACAGAAAAAUAAACAAAUACAAGAAGCAUAAAAUAUGCAGAAAAUUAAAUACAAAAGGAGCCACUAAGUGUUUCGUGUGAAAUCAAUUUGAAGACCGCUCGUCGUCGUCGUUGUCGUCGUACAUACUUUUCCGUUUCAAUUACACUACAAUGAAUAUUUGUUGAAACUUCGUUGCAUUUACAGACUGGUGUUUAAAAACAACAACAACAAGAAGAAACGUUAAAAACCAAGAACAACAACAACAACAGCACUCAUACACACCGAAAACUAGAAGCAAAAAGGGAAAAUUAUAUAUAGAUAUAUAUCUACAUAUAUAAAUAGUAUCGUAUCACACAUUUACAUUAAAAGGAAGCCGAACAGACGUUAUCGUAACUUUUAUAUUAAAAAGCACCAGUAAAAAAUAUAUAACCAACUACACACGUUCCUUAAAAACAAAUGUUUUCCAAACCGCAAACCAACUAAAAACGAAAUGCUUUUGAAAUUAGUUUAAGCUAACUAAAAAACGUAAGACCAACCAACGCACCGCAAAGCAAAUCGCGUGAUUAAACUAAAAAUAUUUAAAACAGACCGAACAUCGGCAGGGAACCAAAAACAAAAAUUAAAAGAACACGAUCAAUCCGGAAGAACUUCAAUCGGCGUACUAAAACCCGAAAUUCAAUAUUUUUUGUAUAACAUAGUGGUAGCUAAAACAAAUCGAGACGAUAACCGGAACAUCUUUUUGGAGAAUCUCGUCUGAAUACCUUUAGUCCCGUGUCUCCGUAAUGUUAAAUGUUCUUGGAUCGUUCGAUGUGGUCUUUGUUCAUUAGUAACCAUCACUCUCAGCCUCCGAGUCACCGAAAUCUGGUCAAGAACUUAGCGUAGACCCGUAAUUAGCAAUAGCAAUAGCCAAAGAGAGCCUGGAUCGUAAGCGCUGGAGGAGGUCUGCAGAGCGAGCAAAGCCGAAGUACAAAUGCACCAAUCGAAACUACAACAGAAUCUAUAACUUGGAACGGGUGAAUUCAACGCCCGCCAUACAACCAAUUAGCUAGGUGUCCGAGGGUCCAGAGAAGGGAGUCCAGGAGACCAUCCCACCAUCCAAACAGCAUACAUUUUAUAUACGGAACGGUCUGUCGAGCGUAGUGGCAGCAGCACGCGAAAGCGUCUAUAAAUCUAGUUAGCAUGGAGUGCUGUUUAUCGGAGGAGGCCAAGGAACAAAAGCGCAUCAAUCAGGAAAUCGAGAAGCAGUUGCGCCGGGACAAGAGAGAUGCGCGCCGCGAGCUUAAACUGCUACUACUGGGCACUGGCGAGUCCGGGAAGUCCACAUUCAUCAAACAGAUGCGUAUUAUCCACGGCAGCGGUUACUCGGACGAGGACAAGCGUGGGUACAUCAAGCUGGUUUUUCAGAACAUAUUCAUGGCCAUGCAGUCAAUGAUCAAGGCCAUGGAUAUGCUGAAGAUUUCCUACGGCCAGGGAGAGCAUAGUGAACUGGCCGAUCUGGUGAUGAGCAUCGAUUAUGAGACCGUUACCACGUUCGAGGAUCCAUACUUGAAUGCCAUCAAAACGCUUUGGGACGAUGCUGGCAUCCAGGAGUGCUAUGAUCGUCGUAGGGAAUAUCAGCUGACUGAUUCAGCCAAAUAUUAUCUGAAGGAUCUCGAUCGUGUGGCUCAACCUGCAUAUUUACCCACUGAGCAAGACAUUUUAAGAGUUCGUGUGCCCACAACAGGGAUAAUUGAGUAUCCCUUUGAUUUAGAAGAAAUCAGAUUUAGAAUGGUAGACGUCGGUGGUCAGCGAUCCGAGAGAAGAAAGUGGAUUCAUUGCUUUGAGAAUGUGACAUCAAUUAUAUUUUUGGUAGCGCUAUCGGAGUACGAUCAAAUCUUGUUUGAAUCUGAUAAUGAGAAUCGAAUGGAGGAAUCUAAAGCUUUAUUUCGUACUAUAAUUACAUACCCUUGGUUUCAAAAUUCGUCAGUUAUUCUUUUCCUGAAUAAGAAGGACUUGUUGGAAGAGAAAAUAAUGUAUUCGCAUUUGGUAGACUAUUUUCCUGAAUACGAUGGUCCUCAGCGAGAUGCAAUAACGGCCCGAGAGUUUAUACUGCGAAUGUUUGUAGAUUUAAAUCCAGAUUCCGAAAAAAUUAUCUAUUCUCAUUUCACGUGUGCUACAGAUACGGAAAAUAUAAGGUUUGUGUUUGCAGCUGUUAAGGACACAAUUCUGCAAUCGAACCUUAAGGAAUAUAAUUUGGUCUAAACUGGAUUUGGAUCGAAAAACUAUUUUUGUGAUUUUUAUACAAACACACAUACACAUUCAUAUAAUUCCUUUUUCGCAUAUUUACUAAAUAUAAAAGAAGAAUUGAGAAGCGAGCGAAUGUGGCCGAAAAUUAGGCAUAAAUUAGACCCGAGAAAGUUUCUUACGUUUGUUACAUCAGGAACCGAAAAUUGUAGCAUAAAUAGAAUACUAAACUGAGAUGCUAAAACCGCAUCAGCAGAAUGAUGAAAAAGAUGUAUACAUUUUAAUUUGAGAGAAAAAUAACACAAAAUCUGAUACAGUGUGACAACAAAUAAUCAGGGCAGAGUUUCUCUUACGAAUGUGACGAUUCGUAAAACAUUUAUUUAUAUUGCAGUACUUCUAUUCUUUCUAGCGGCAAAGUUUUCAGAAAACGUUGUGUGAAUUUUUUUUUUUUGUUUCGACUAGGAAAACUCUUGAAAGUCAAAAAGACAGUGGCCAGAAAUGAUUGGUACCCAAUCGAUAGAGUUUUUGGUUAGAUUUGAAUAAAUCUGAUGGUAGUUUUUCCUUCCUACACAAGAAACAUGAUUUCCUUGAAAAGUUUUUAUACAAAAUAUCGUCCGAAUUAGUUGUUGUCACUCUGUAAUAUUUAAAUAAAUUUAUUACUAUAGUAACUUUUGUAAUAAAAUCCGAAACAC